CGGGUUUUAUGAGGCCAAGUGGAGAUUGGUAAGCGAGCUAUGAUACCGGUCUAGAACACCGAGCUCACCAUGAUCCUUCCGAGAUCCUUCCAUGCCAGCUGCUUAAUGGCUAGACGAACAGUUAAAUGACCUGCUAUUAAUGAAAUACGUCAUGUAUAUACUUGACUUCUCAAUGGUACACGGCUCGACCGCUUCGGCGCAAAGUCUGAUGAUCUGUCAAACGGAGUGGAGCACAUAUCAAGCUAGUCGGAUCAGUGCCGACUCUUGAUGCCGUGGGGUUGAGUUGAGUCAUCCCGGCCUCGGAAACAGAGAACUAGAGAAAGUCUUACCAGGCAGCAUCAAACCAUCAUGUCUGAAUCUUCAGGCCCCGCUCCGAAAUACCGCAUCCGGCCGGGAACCUUCUUUGAUGUUCCAGCCACAACACGGAUCUAUGCUGCAUCGUUUGGCAAUGAGCCACUGAUUGACUUCUUUUUCCCUACGCGGAGACGGGAUCCUUUGUCUUUCUAUACCUGGUCUUGUCGAAGAUUUCAGCGUCGGUAUUGGACGCCUGGGUAUUCGCUGACUGUCGUGGUUGAUAAGCAUGAUCAUCCCGUGGGCCUAUCGUGGUGGAAACGACCAGUUCAACCUAUAUCACUUAUCCAAAAACUUCUCUCCCCUUUAUUCUGGCUGGGCUCAGUCGUCAACACUUUCAUCGACCUUCAAGAUUAUCUCUUCCCAGUUCAGGGUCUUGACAAGAAAAACAUGGAAACCUUUGAGCAUGCAUUUUCAGCUGUGGAACCGCAUGUGCUUAAUACGCCACCAAGACAAAAAGCGCACUACCUUUCUCUGCUGGGCGUCGAUCCUGUUCUGCAAGGAGAGGGCCUUGGCAAGAAGUUGCUGGAGGAUGGACUACAGAAGGUAGAUGAAGAGGACUCGGCGGCUUGGCUUGUUAGUCUGGCUGGUCUGGAGAAGCUUUAUGCGAGAUAUGGGUUUGUUGAGGCGACGAAGGUGGAGGUUGAAGGGCUGCAUGAUUGGAAAGGUGGUAUGGUGAUGGUUAGGGAUUGAUCAGAUUUAGAAAGUUGAAAUACAAUGAAAAUGGUGUCGUUUGUUCUCUAUAUUGCUAGUCUAUAUAGACUAUCAGCUGUCGAGAACGGAGAGAAGUAGUAGAAUAAUCUUAUAAUAGAAGUAGGAGCUCCUAAAACAAGGCUGUAAUUAGG